AUGUACAAAGUCGCAGCAAACGGAACUUCCGCUUACACCACCAAUGAUCAGAUGUUCUGGUCUACCACCGAAUGGCUAUCACCUAGCUGUAUAUUUCAACCCACAGUCUCGCAAGAUGUUGCCGAUGCAGUCAAAUUGUUUGUAGCCAACGACUGUCAGUUUGCUAUUCGCGGCGGUGGCCACUCUGCUGUUGCUGGAGCCGCAAACAUUAACGACGGCAUUCUUAUCUCCUUCUCAAAUAUGAAGAAUAUCAGCGUACACACCAAUGUUGAUACUCCGUAUGUUUCCGUCCAGCCGGGUGCGGUAUGGGGCGAUGUCUAUACCUAUUGCGACAAAUUUGACGUCGUACCUAUGUGCGGUCGAUUUUACCCUGUUGGUACCGGUCUUGCUCUUGGUGCAGGCUUCUCAUUCCUGAGUAACGAGAAUGGAUUUGCGGUGGACAAUGUCAAAACAUACGAAGUUGUCCUUGCCAAUGGAACUCUCGUCGACGUUUCUCAAGCAAACGCUCCCGAUCUAUUCCGUUCGCUCAAGGGUGGUGGUAACAACUUUGCCGUUGUCACACGUUAUGACCUACUUCUUUAUGAAGGUGGGCUCGUGGUAGGCGGCGAAAUUCAGACUCUUGAAAACCAGACCGAACAAUGGCUAGACGUAACGUACGAUUACAGCGUCAGGCAGGCUGUUCUCGAUGUAAAGACACAUGCUCUUCCUGCUGUUAUGUAUAUUGGUACCACUGAUGAGGUAAUUACUCUGACCCCUUUGUACUACAAUGACCAUAAUAGCAGUGUUCUGCCACCUAUCAUGAAGGGAUGGUAUGACCUGACGGCAUCUUCCGAUACAAUUCGUCAGGCCAACUAUUCAUCUCUGGCUCUAGAAUUCGACGCUGGUCUAGGCGAUGGUCAGUACCAGGAACAGCUUACGUACACCAUAUAUGCAGACCGAGAAGAAUACGGUAUUGCGUGGUACUCGUUCCUAGAAUGGGGACGGUCAUUCGGAAACGUAGAUGGAUUGACCCUACUCCAUUGCAAUAUGCCCCUCACCCCAAGAAUGAUGAAUGCUGGUGUAGAAAAAGGUUCCAAUUCCCUCGGCCUUGCAGGCACAAAAGAUGUCCUCAGCAGCAUAAUUGAAUUUGAGCAACUUCCAUUGGACCCACAAGGCCCGCCUGGAAAUGCUUGGGGUCGCUUUGGAAAAGAUGAUGAGCUGGGAACGUUGAAUUUGAUAACGCCGGGCGUGAUUGUCAAGGCAGCGCAGGAGAUCAAGACAGGUGUACGGAUCUCUCUAGACUGGCCUUUGAGCAUGCCAUCGUAUCCGAGCUUUGGAAGGAAUCCAUUUCAACAAGAAAUUGUUCAUAGGGCUCCGAACUGUAUCAACGAUGACAUCUUGCACUUCAAUACACAGGGCUCGACUCAAUGGGAUGGUUUCCGGCAUUACGCCCAUCAAAAAUUCAAGCGAUUCUACAAUAAUAGAACACAAGAACAGAUUGAAUCUUCCGAUGUCAUUGGACUACAUGCCGUUGCCGAAGCCGGUGGGAUAACAGGCCGCGGUGUUCUACUUGAUUACGUGGAGUGGGCAGCAUCCAAGAGCAUUAGCAUUGAGGCCCUCUCCUCGACAUCGAUCAGUGGCGAUAUCUUGUUCAUUCGCAGUGGAUUUACCGCCGCUUACAACAAGCUGAACGACAGUCAGAGGAAGGAUCUAGCACAUCGAUCCUCUCCUGACUUCAUCGGAGUCGAUGCCUCAGAGAAGACCCUCCGCUGGUUGUGGCAGCAUCAGUUUGGUGCGGUAGCAGGAGACGCACCAAGCUUUGAAAGAGCGCCAAUCCGUGGUGCACAUGCAGACCCUAACUAUAAUUUACAUGAAUGGGUACUGGCUGGUUGGGGUUGCCCCAUUGGCGAAUUGUUCGACUUGGAGGCACUCUCAAAGCACUGCAAAGUUACUGGAAGAUACACCUUCUUCCUGUCCAGUAUGCCUCUGAAGGUAAUCGGCGGCGUUGCAAGUCCCCCUAAUGCAUUUGCAAUCUUUUGA